UCAUCCGACAUAGUUUCGAAUCAACAAAUGGCCGACGAUGGCAACAACACAUCAUAGUUUGGCUGUUUUGACUAAUGCAUGUGUUAAACCGCCGGUUGAUCCUAAAACAGGAUUAUCCUCAUCUUUAAAUGAAAGGAUUCUUUCAUCUUACAUCCACUAUGGGGAUGAAUAUGCAGAAGAAGGCGAUGGAAUGUUGAAUGAUGAGGGGCAGACCCGUGUGGAUUAUUUGUCCGGUCUUGCCCUGUCCGAUCCCGCCAGCAAAGAUAUACCGAGGGAAUUAAACAAUUUGACAGACGACGAAUUUUAUGAAAAGUUGAUACAGCUGAAAAGUGAGCAUAAGAAAACUCUUGCAAUAUGUGAAAAAUUAUAUAAACGUAAAAUAGGUUCUGACCCGAGCAACAAUUUGAAUGGCUUUGUUUCCGAUGCAGAUUUUGGCAAAAUGCCAAGUUAUUAUUCAAAAGAUGAAGAAACCCAUUCUUCAACAGUAAAUGGCGUCCAAACACUUGAUCAAAGUCAUCGAAACUCUCUUGGAGAAUCUUCCAAACCGCCUACAGGUCGACCACCCCAAUCCCCAGGAGCAAAGACAAUGCCAUCCACUGGAAUGAAGAACAUACCACUUCACAGGACUACUAUGCCUAAAGCAAGGCCAAAUUCAGCACCAACAAGAGGUGGGUCACUAAGCCUUGCACGUAGCUUAGAAGAGGAAGUCUGGUUGAAAAUUGCAGCAGAAAGGAAGGCAGCCAGAGAGGCAAAAGCAGAUGAGCCAAUUGAAAGAUAUGAAACAACCCAAUCAGAAACAUAUGAAAGUCCAGAAUUGACAACUGCAAUGGCAGACAUUGACGAUAUGUGGGAUAAUUUUUCAAUAGAAGAAUACGCACCAAGAGCUGAAAGACCAUCUUCAGCAACUGUCACUCGCAAAGAAAAAGAAGACCAAUGGAGGCAUAGAAUUACAAUACCUAAGCCUUUUAAAAUGACUAUUCGUGAAAUGAACAAAGAAAAGAAGAUAUCACAGAUACAGAAAGAGGAAGAAGAAAAGUUACAGCAGAAAUACAAGGAAGAAGAGAUGGAAUGUCAAAAGAAGUUCAAAGCCUCACCAGUGCCAGCUCACAUAUAUUUACCAAUGUAUGAUGAAAUUACAGAAAAGAAUGAAGCUCGAAGGCGGUAUAUACAAGAUUACAGCAAGGAGUUACUCAAAUCCCAAGAAAGACCAUUCAACUUUGUGAAAAGAGAAGCAGACAAAAAGAAACACAGGCGAGUGAAAUCAGCACCAAUAUCAGAUGAUGGUGUGAGGAAAUCCUCUUCAUUUAGAGCUAAGCCAGUACCAGCAUCAGUCAUUGAUGACAGUGUAAAUGAUAAAAUCAUGGAAGAGGAGGAGUACAGAAAAAUAAGAAUAAAAAUGCGCUCAGAGGAACUCUUAAAAGCUGCUUCAUUGCCUCCAAAUAUGGAAGCAAGAAAACAAUAUGAGCAACAUAAAAAGCGUGACAAACAAGUUAGAAACAAAAGAAAAGCUCAGUUUCAGCCAAAAGUGAAUCAUGAAGUGCCAGAUUAUGAUGAACUUUAUAGACAUUUCCAAAAGGAACUGGCACGACGCAAACGUGAGAGAGAGUCCACAGUGGUGAAGCCUUUCCAACUCAACACAAUGCACCUUAAAUCAACUAAGGACAGGAUUAUAAAGGAUAUAGAAAGAGAUGAGGAAAACAUGAAGGAGAAUAGGUGGCCAUACAAGAACCCACGUGUCACACCAAGAAGUUUAGGUACCCUGUCCAGUUCACUUGAUUCCAUUCCAGCAAAAACCACUGCAUCCGCAGACCUGAGGAAUAAUCACACGAGAAAGAAGCUUCACAACAUGACAACACAGGAACGUGAUCAACUGGAGGCAGACAGAAAAAGGAGAAUACGAGAAAUGAGACUGAGGUCACAGAUCAUAUCUAAGACUAGGGAUGGGGAAAAUAGCCAGACGUUGGAGGAUACGUACAGACGAAAACUUCGGGAAUUCAAAAAUGAUGACCGUACCAGAAAAGAGGAUUACCAGAAGAGUUUGGGGGAAAUGCAAGAGCGAGUGAACAGGAGACCUUUGUUGUUUCAACAAGAGACUCAGGUGAAUGCCAAGGCAUCCGCAGAGAAAAAGUUUGCCGCAACUCUAAGAAAUCAUGGAAUCGAUGAGGACUUUGUGCAGAGUCGCAGUUCUCGAGCUGCUAGUGUUGUAAAUGAUGAUAGUGAUGAAAAUUACGAGGAUGACUUUGAUGCAACAUAUGCCAAGUCAGCUGAUGAUGCAAAGUAUGAUGAUGAUGAUUAUGAAGAUGAAGCAUGAUAAUUUCCAUGUCUACAUUUUAAUAGCUUUAAGAAACUAAAAACUACAACACAGAAACAGUGACUAGACUGUCAUCCACAGACUGCCACAAGGUUGUUUAGAUCAUGUUUAAGAAGUCUGACAUAUAUUUCAAGUUAAUCCCUUAUACAUAACAAAUAGUUAGGGAUGAUAUGUUAUAUUUUCAGUGCAGAUCUCGGACGGAUUAGUGGACAUCCAGAGAUCCAGAGAUAGUCUAGAACACUUAUAACAGUUCUGUAUUCACCAAAUUAUUUAAGAAAAAAAAAAGAUAUUUUUAUUAUAGUAAGUGGACCUAUUACAAGAAGUAGUGUUGAAGCCACACCUGAGGAUCAUGUUAGUAUGGGCUAGUCACUUUUACUACCAUGUAGGUGUGUUACAUUAGAUGCUUGUUUGUAUUGAAUAUCCCUACUCAUGUCUUACACAUGCUUUAUGUUUUUAUAAGAACUACACUUCUUUUCAAGACACAAGAUUAUCAAUUUUCAAUCUUGAUAGAAUCUCAUGAAAACCUGCCAUUUAUUUAAUAUUGCAGUAAUCAAUCUGUUGUUUGUUUGAUGGGUCUCAGGUUUAUGAUACACAAACUCAUACAAGGGGUACAUGUUAAUUUAUUGUUACAGUGAUAAAUAAGUAGACGUUCUGACGACAUAUACUGUGUACCAUUUCUGAUCUCUGUUGAUGUUUAAAUGACACAGUAGUAGGUUUAACAUUACUGAUUGAGUAUCCACCCUUUAUCAUCAACAGAAUAAAUUAUAUACAGUAUAAUUGACUGUAUUAGGUAAUUGUGGUCUGACGUGGUACAGUAAACACUAGGAAAAAUACUGCAGUGUUCCAGGUAAGCGUCCACUAUGCUCAGUGGUGAAACUGCCUUUACAGGUAGCAGUUAAAUUUUAUCUUUAUGAAUGAGUCAGUAUAUUUUUAACUUGGUUGUCUUUAUAAAUUGUACUAGUCCUAUGUAUAUAUCAAUAUUGUCUGCAGGCGAAUCUCUGUCAGGGUGAUUCUAUGGUGGAUGGUCUCAUCCCUUUCUGUGUUGGAUGAGUUAUCCUGUAACUAGUUUUACCAAACACAUACAGGGGAAGCGGAGGUUAUGGACUAAAAGUACAAUGAAAGAUUUGAACAGAUGUGGAAUUGUUUGUGGGAUAUAAAAUUGGAGAAAGUUUGGAUGGAACUAACGUUGUGUCAACUUUUAAAGUGUUAGUAUUUGAUACAUUAUCAAACAAAACAGUAAACUAUGUGAAUGUGUUCUGUUGUGUAUCUGCAGUAUUUAUUAGAAAUCCAUGCUUUUUUGGGUUAUUUAGCUUUAGUCUUUUAAUCUAUUUUUCAAUCAAUUACUGGAUAUUGAUUAUGUCGUUUUUAUAAAAUGGUUAAAUUUGAUUACUCGGCUAUUCUGCAUUCCAGUGUUGUAUACAAUAUUUAUUACCCAGUCUACUAAUAGCCAUAGAUCUCUUAAGGAUGCAUGCACCACCAAUAUUGAUAUCUCUUAAUAUUCUGUAUUAUACAACAGAUUGAGAUAAAGGGUAUGUGUGCUAGCAUUAAGAAACAUAACAUUGUGCCAACAGGUCAAUCAUAUAGAGUUAGUUUUGAAGUUAUGCUGACAUCAACACUUAUAUAUAUCUCAUGUCAACCCUACAUUACCCUUAGUUAACAAAAUUUGAUAAAAAUAAAAUACAAGUAGUUUAGAUUGAUAAUUUCAUUACUGAGUCCUUUAUCGAAAUUUACCAUUUAAUGAGGAAAAUGUAAUGUACAUUUUGUGUUUUGUUACUGUACAUUUGGUGUUCAAACAUGAAAAAGAAAACAUUGUGUGGAUGUAUAGAACAUGAUUUUUAUAAUUACCUUAAGAUGUGUGCAUAUUCUAAUGGCAUGCACCAUGAUUAAAUGAAAUCAGAAUUGAUAGAUGUCACUAGUCUCUGUAGUGGUAUAUACACCCUUAAACUAGAAAAUAACAACUUUUACAUUUCCUAUUGUGUGUUUAUCAAAUAUUUUAACUUCUUAAAUCCGUCCAGAUUAAUUCAAUCGUUGUAACUUAUUCCAUUAGCAUGUAUGUACAGGUUAACUUUUAAUUAUUUGUGAAAGAAGAACAAAAAAAUUUUGCUUGCUUUAUUUCAUUUUAGUUUCCAUUAUAUUAAAUAUCAAUAAGAAAGUAUACAUUAUAUUAAAUUAGUAGCAGUGGUAAUUAUUUCAUUGCCCUUCCUGUGGUUCAGACCCAGGACCUCUUGCUAGCUAGUCUGAUGCUCUACUGAUUGAGCUAAAAAUUCUCCCUGGCAGUUGAGAGAUUGCAGGUAGUGUCUCACCAUGGUUACAUUAUGAUUUAAUAGGUUGCCUUGUUUAAACGUAUGCUUGCAUUACUAGAUAUAAUUACAUGUCUAUAUACAUAAGGCAUUGUAACAUGUAUAUAGAACUACUGUACAGUAGCCCGACACUAGUAAUCUAUAUAAACCUGCAAAUAGGGCAAAACUACAAGAUAUGUUCCCUAGGGGAAUUUUUUACAAUUCUGCUUUAUAUUUCAAUAAUUUCUGACGUUUUGACCAUGAUUUUUCAUAAAACAUUGAUAAGUCAUUACGAGAAAAAACAGCAAUAUUUCAUUGUUUAAAACUAUGAUCAACAUGACAUGCAUGUACUGGAAGAAAACUUGUGCCUACUUCAAUUCCAUAGAUUUGUCUUCCUCAUCAUGCUUGUAAACAAAAUCUUUGUUAAAUUAAUUUCUUACUGGAAACAAAUUUUCAAAACACUCUUAGCGAAUGUUUUUUGUACUAUAUAUACUCAAUAAACUUUUAAUCAAAAUCUUCUCCAUUAAUUAAUGUAUAAUAAAUAAUAUAUAUGUAGAUUAUCUCUAUGGAUGUAUGCUACCUUACAUGUAUACUAUUCGUGUAAGAUUUGUUGUUCUUAUAUGCAUAAUCUCCUCCCAGGUAUCAAUUGAUGCCUAUAUUACAGGUAGAGUUCAUCAAUUAAUUGCAAUAAACUCUUGAAAUGGAGAUGCAUAUUACAGUAAGGUAGUAUAUACACCCUUAGAUAAACAAGGAACAAGACCAAGAUAAAAAUAGAAAUCAAGCUGAAAGAAUGAGUUAAAUGUUUUAAAUGUGAUGUUUAAAUUUUGUUGAAUCAUUCUCCUGCACAGUCCUGUUAGUAUUACUGUAUGUAAAUAGAAUGUCUCUAUGUAGGUAAUCAUAACUUAUGACUUUUGAUUGAUAUUUUAACUUUUUUGUACAAGAAGUAGCACAGUACAAAUAAACUGAUACUUUGUAGAUUAA